UAUGGAUCGAAAAUGCAUACAGACGAACACCGAGCGGACCAAUUUUGAGUUUAAGUCCGCGUGUUAGGCAACGCAAACGGACACGCACGGACUAUUUGUGUGAGCGUGGGUGUGAAGCCUGGCAGGGUGGCGGACUGGUGGGCUGUGACUGAGCGGCGUCGCGGCGGAGGUGGGGAUGGGGACGGAGACGAAGCGCGUCGGAUUCGCGGAGCCGAGGAUCGAAGGCGCCGGCGAGGCAGGGCUAGGAAGCCCAGUCCGCGGGGCCGCGGCCGGGGAAGAGGAGGCCGCCGUCGUCGUCGGCGGCGGCGGCAAGGCAAACGCACGGCCGCUCCGUCGCAGAGGGGUCAAGUGAAGCGCAAGGCGGCCCUGAGGAGGAAGCGCCCGCCUCCCCGCGACGGGGAAAAGCGGCCGCCUCCGGCCCGGAGCUCGGCGCCGGUGGCGGGGGAUUACAAGGAGGAGGACGCGAUCGCCGUGCACCGUCGGGUCUGGGAGAGGAGAUGGGCCGGCAAUUUCGGCUCCUUCGACGACGGAACGGGUAUCGGUCCCAUGUGCUACACAUCCGAACCGCCCACCCCGGAAUACCUUUUCAGAGAACAGACCGUGCAGAUCUUCUCCAUCAGGGUCAGGGCCCCAACAGAUGGUCUCAAGUGGCCACUGCAUGUCCAUGGCUAUGUCGCCACCAGAGACUCGAUGGAUCGCAAUCGCAACUAUCUCUUUAGGUGCGCAAGGGAUAACUGCCAAACCCUCACGCAAAACGAUCCAUUCUUGCUGUUAACAGGCCCAUCCCGCGGGGUAGUGUUCCUCGAUCCGAUCACGUUCGAAUUCCAGCUAAAAGUGAAGGGAAAAGGGGAGUCCGAGGACGAAAUGCUGGCUUUUGGUGUCUUCUACUACGGCGAUGGGAAUGCUUGUGCACGCAAGCUCUCCAUGUCCAUCCCCCACAACCGCUGCACGCUCGAGUACGAAGUGGCGCUGCGGCCGCGCUCGGUCGAGGCCACCAUCAGCGUCAAGAUCCUCUAG